CCUAAUUCCUCCUGACCUCAUCAAAGUGUCCUUGAGCAAGACACUGAACCCCAAAUUGCAGGUUUGGGGUUCAGGUUGGCGCCUUGCUUGACAGCCUCCGCCACUGGCGUGUGGAUGUGUGUGUGGAUGGGUGAAUGUGAGGCAUGAAUUGUAAAGCGCUUUGAGUACUCGUAGGAGUAGAAAAGCGCUAUAUAAAUGCAGUCCAUUUACCAUUUGUGUGAAUUAUUACAGUGACUUUGCAGUACACUGAUUCUUGGGCUAGUACCUGACUGGUGUAGAAAAGCCUCCCUUACGGACUUUCUGCCUCCCUGCUCCACUGAACAGGGCUAUAGUGCUCACAGCUUCCUGGCCCCAGAGCAUCAUGGGUCUUUGUGAAUAGCUGCCACAUGACCAUGCCCCAGUGCCACCAAGCUGUCCUGAUGUGACUCGCCCCCCAGCUCUGUGGCUUUUUCAAAGAAAUGUUAUUUACUUUGAACACCAUGAUAACCCCCUUUCAGCGUUAAUCAUAAAUCUGUCGUCUAAACACAAAUCUAGGGUGUCACAAGGUCAGUGCAGGUUCAGGGAAGUGCGCAGCACACAGACAUCUAUAUUGCAGGUUCAGAGAAGGACAUGGGUCACAGACAUCCAGCGCAGUGUAGGUUCAAGGAAGCAUGCAGGUCACAAUCAUCCAGUGCAGUGCGGGUUCAUUGAAGCACAUUGGUCACAGACAUCCAAUGCAGUGUGGGUUCAGGGAAGCACGUGGGUCACAGACAUCCAGCGCAGUGUGAGUACGGGGAAGCACGUGGGUCACAGACAUCCAGCGCAGUGUGGGUUCAGGGAAGCAUGUGGGUCACAGACAUCCAGUGCAGUACGGGUUCAGGGAAGCACGUAGGUGACAGAUGUCCAGCAUAGUGCAGGUUCAGGGAAGCAUGUUGGCCACAGAUGUCCUGUGCAGUGCAGGCUCAGGGAAGUAUGCGGGUCACAGACAUCCAGUGUAGUGUGGGUUCAGGAAAGCGUGUGGCACGCAGACAUCAAGUGCAGUGUGUCUUUAGGGAAGCACGUGGCACACAGAUAUCUAGCACAUCAAGGGUUCAGGGACGUGCGUGGGUCUCAGCAUGCAUGUUCAGGGAAGUGUGUGGGUCUCAGCAUGCGUGUUCAGGGAAGUGCGUGGGUCUCAGCAUGCGUGUUCAGGGAGAUGCGUAGGUUACAGGCAUCCAGCGCAGCAUGGGUUCAGGGAAGCAUGCAGCACCCAGCGUCUAGUGCAGUGCAGAAUCAGGAAAGUGUGCUGGUCAUAGGAAUCCGGUGCAUCGCAUUGCGGGUUCAGGGAAACGUGCGGGUCACAGAUAUCCUGCGUAGUGUGGAUUCAGGGAAGCAUGUGGGUCACAGACGCCCAUUGCAGCGCACUGUGGGUUCAGGGAAGCAUGUAAACUUGUAUUCAUAGUUUGCUACUAUGGUCACUGGAGUGGGGUCUAAAGUACCACGAGUGACAUACCAGGCAGGUCUCAAUGGACUGUGGAUGGUGAUCAGAUCAGAUAAGGAAGUGGGUGAGUGUUUUCUCACUGGUUUAGAACUCCUGCCUCAUUUAAUUAUUCAUCGAUUCAGAAAUAAAUUGCACAGGGAGAUUUAUGUACUGCAAACAGAGGACAAAAAUAGAGGCAGGUGGUGGCACUCAGGGCUCUGACCCCGGUGUGUGGGCGCGUUUUCCUUUAAGUGAUCCAUGGAAACAGGUGGAAAGAGAUUCCACAACGAAAUAGGCCAGAAAACAGGAAAUGGUUUCCUACAAGACCCCUGUUUGAUGGCAUGUGUCAAAUAUCAGUUUGGUAAGAUAUAAGAAUUUUGCCAAUCGGGGUAUCAGUGCAUGAAGGCUAAGAGGAUUCCAGCCAAAGGGAAGGCCUUGUAAAUGUCCGUGUCAUUUGAUUACCCUGAGCAUGUGACCGCUCAGCAUUUUCAGGGAGUUCUCUGUGUUUAUUUUUGAAGUUAGUGUGACCUUAAAUGUUCAAAUAUAGCACAUUCCCUGAGUCUCGCGCCCGUGUGCAGUCCGUGCCAUCCAGGGUUAACGGCGGCGUGUUGUUUCAGCCGCACCCGGAGACCAGGCACAGCAGCCAGCCAGCUUUUAAGGCCCCCGGCCCAUGUGAUCAGACAAACCGAGCACCGUCAGUCAGCCGGAGAUGGUCCAGUAGGCCAAAGUUCAACAACUGCUUUCAGAUGCCUGGAGGAAAUUAGAGUCCGACAUGCAAAGCGGGGGGAAACGGGGGCCUGCAGGGUUACUCAGGGCCAUUUCCACCGUUACCAUAGCAAAGCUUCUGUGGAGGGCAUCCAUUGAGUCCACAUUCCCUGUUCGUCCAAACCAAGAAAGAGAACUUCCAGACAGUCCUGCUGUGGAAUGGAGUAUCCAGCUCAUUUCCUCCCUGGUCCUGAAGCAAGUUAAAGAAAGUUCCAUCAACCUGGUGCUGACUUUUGAUGUCUGCGGUGUGAGCGGUCAUGCCAACCACACUGCAAUCUACAAGGCACUCAGGUAUCUGGGUUCAAGUGGAAGAAUUCCUGAUGGAUGCUGCUUCCUCUCCCUGCAAAGUGUCAGCAUGAUCAGGAAGUACCUCUCCAUCCUGGAACUGCCCAUCAGCUGGAUCCUCGCGUCAGACUACUCCACAGUUGCCGCUUUGAAAGAGUACAGGCGAGCCAGGGCGGCCAUGCUUCGUCACCGCAGCCAGUUGCUGUGGUUUCGCCACCUCUACCUGCUCUUCUCGCGCUACAUGCUCAUCAACACAUUUCAAGUUAUCGCAGCAAAGGAGAAAGACUUGAAAAGCCAGUAGCUGUGGGUUCUCAAACUUGGGAGCCCCUGCCCAUGAGGCGUCUCUGUAACACAUCCUGAUGUUGUGACAUCCCACAGCACUGUGCAUGAUUUGACGUGACUGCGUCACAUGACAAGAGUGUGCAUCAUGAUGCGACUGUGCCUCACAAAACAAAACUGUCACAUGAUACAACUGUGCUUCACGUGACACGACAUUUAAUGUGUAUGAUAAAGUAGGAAAAACAGCAAAAUUACAAAUGGGUCAUGUUAUGAAGGUAUUUUUUUGCAAUAAAUCUUUAAGACCUUAAA